GGGAAAAUCGGGGGAAGUGGCGCAGAUGGUUCGUUGAGUGUAGGAAUCAGUGUGGGGUUAGGAAUGGGCGAUGAGGUUGAUCUGACACGUGCUGGUCUUGCUCAGACCACGAUGGCGAGUGUGGAAGUCGUCAGAGGCAUCGCAGCUGCUACCUCGUAUUCCUCCUCUAUGGGUUUGAGGGCAGGAUCUUCUUCGUUGUCUGACGGUGGGAAAAGGGGAAGUCUGUUUGGUACUGGCUGGUUCGGUAAAGACAAGAACAACAAGAGUAAGGGGAAAGCCAAAAUUAAUCGAAAUUCUAUGGUUGGACCCAAUCCUACGCUAGUCAGAAGCGGCAGCACAAAAGGACGAAGAGAUGAUGAAACACCUUUAGGUUUCACGUCAUACCGUGCCCCGCCUGUUUAUGUCGGUGCGGGCUCUGUAUUAGUUCAGGUAUGGGCGGUGGGAUUGGAUGGUGUGGAUGGAAGACUAGUAGGUGUGCAGAUGGAUUCCGGUGGCGUGAACGCUUUUUCUUCUCGCGAUAGCGAGGAUUGGAUAGAUAAAGCAGAUGGAUCAAAAACACGAGACAAGGAUAAAGAAAAAAUAAAGCCUGCACCAGUGGGCUAUAUUCCGGGGCGUUCGUUUGUAGGACGUGUCUUGGAAGUGGGAUGGGAGGUACGUGAGGAGACCGCCAAGAAAGGGGACUGGGUAGUGGGGCUUCUAGGAGUUGGGAAGUGUGGUGCACUCGCAGAAUUCAUCCUCGUUGAUCGGCAUCGCGUUCACCGGAUACCACAUCCCGUUAUCUCGCCGACUAUGCAGCCUCCAUCUACCUCUUCCUUUCCAGUAAGCUCACGUCAUUCUCAACAUAUAUCAUCGUCCAGUAGUCCAGAGGCCAGGCAGCACAUCUCGUCUAUAUUUCUGCCCGGUAAUGAAGGCACAGGCUGUGGAAUAGAUACCAAGCCUAACCAUAGUGGACUGACAGUCGAAGAACUCGCUCUGCUUCCAUUAUGUGGAGUCCCUGCUUACCGCGCUGUGCGUACAUUGGGAACGAUCACCCAAGCAAUGGCCAAGCCCGUAUCAAGCAGUGCCAGUAGUAGUACCGUGCGACCUAGAUCAAUGGUGCAUGAAACCCCGCGCCGUUUUGAUAUGGCUCGUUCACCUUUGGGUCGGGAGAGUAGUAGUGAGGAAGAUUCUGAGACAGAGAAUGUGUCCGACCAAGCCCAUCAUCGCGUGCAAGGCGAUCCUCACCCAUACGGCGUAGGAGUUAAUGAAUACAAGCAACACGACAAUGCUGCGGAAGCUCGUCCUCGUGUGCUCGUCCUUAGGGCACACGAUGGCUCAGGUGCGUUGGCUGUACAAAUGCUUGUAAAAGCAGGGUGGUCAGUUUGGGCACAUGUGCCUGUGCCAUUUGAAUUGCCUGGUCCUCCCCUAUCACCUCUCGCGAAGUGGAGUCAAUGCGAAGACGACGAUGAAAGCGGAGUUGCUGAAGAGAGCAAGGUUCUAAAUGGUGACCAUGAAAAAGAGCUGGAGAGGCGGAGGGUUAUACUUAAGCGUAUCGAAGAUCGCCUGCGCGGAUGGGGU